AUGGACAGCCGCGGCCGAGCCCGGCUCGGCCAGCGACGUGAGACCCUGAAGUGGGCCGGCGUGCGGGUCAGCAUUGACGAGGACUCCGGCAAGGUGGAGAACGAGAACGUGAGCGCCGAUCUCGACCCAUUGAAGAACAUCGGCAAGGAGGUGCUGUCGCUGGGCGCCGACGUGCUGCCCGAGUACAAGCUGCAAUCGCCGCGCAUCCACAAGUGGACGAUCUUGCACUACUCGCCGUUCAAGGCCGUCUGGGAUUGGAUCGUGCUGCUGCUGGUCAUCUACACGGCCAUGUUCACGCCGUACGUGGCGGCGUUCCUGCUCAGCGAGCCCGGCCAGAACCGCGUCAACAAGAAGUACGGCGAGGACCCGAUCGUGGUCAUAGAUCUCAUCGUGGAUAUCAUGUUCAUCAUAGACAUCUUAAUCAACUUUCGGACGACGUACGUCAAUAAAAACGACGAGGUAGUAUCUCACCCGGGCAAAAUAGCCGUGCACUACUUCAAGGGCUGGUUCAUCAUCGACGUGGUCGCGGCCAUUCCGUUCGACCUGCUCUUGUUCGGCUCGGACACCGAUGAGUCUACGACCACGCUGAUCGGCCUGCUGAAGACGGCGCGCCUCCUGCGGCUGGUACGCGUCGCCAGGAAGAUCGACCGCUACUCCGAGUACGGCGCCGGCUUCCUGCUCCUGCUCAUGGCCACGUUCGCUCUGGUCGCCCACUGGCUCGCAUGCAUCUGGUACGCUAUAGGCUUCGCCGAGCUGCCAAAGCCGACCGGAUGGCUGCACCGGCUGGGGACCGACAUCGACACGCCGUACGGCUCUGAGGGCAAGAUGGGUGGCCCCAGCAUCAAG